CCAUCUGCACAGAGGGGAAAAAAAAAAAAAAAAGAGUUUAGGGAAAAUUAUUUUGGAAUUGGAGGCUUUAAAAAGGCUACUUCUUUUUUCAAGGAUGCAUUAAGUGCAAUCACCCAGAAACAGAGGAAGCUGUAAGGAGCAAAAGGCACAGGGAGUUCUGUUUGCCAUCUGUGCUCCUCAGUGUCCAGGCUGAUAGCACUGCUAAAGAUGAGGCAGUAAAUAAGCAGCAACAGUCCCCAAGUUCAAAAAGUUAAGCAAAGUUUCUCCAUAGGAAGAACAGUAUUUUAGGGGGAUUCAAAAAGAAAUAGCAUAGGACUGAGUCAGAGAAAUUGACACCAACUUGUCAAUGUCUAUUUGAACAGUCCACAAUGCCCAGAGUGCAGAAAUGUCCAACAGCAGCUCCAUCAGGCACUUCCUCCUGCUGGCAUUGGCAGACACGCGGCAGCUGCAGCUCCUGCACUUCUGCCUCUUCCUGGGCAUCUCCCUGGCUGCCCUCCUGGCCAACGGCCUCAUCAUCAGCGCCGUAGCCUGCGGCCACCACCUGCACACCCCCAUGUUCUUCUUCCUGCUCAACCUGGCCCUCACUGACCUGGGCUCCAUCUGCACCACUGUCCCCAAAGCCAUGCACAAUUCCCUCUGGCACACCAACAACAUCUCCUACUCUGCAUGUGCUGCUCAGGUGUUUUUCUUUGUGUUCUUCCUCUCAGCAGAGUUGUCCCUCCUGACCAUCAUGUGCUACGACCGCUACGUGUCCAUCUGCAAACCCCUGCACUACGGGACCCUCCUGGGCAGCAGAGCUUGUGCCCACAUGGCAGCAGCUGCCUGGGCCAGUGCCUUUCUCUAUUCCCUGCUGCACACAGCCAAUACAUUUUCCCUGCCCCUGUGCCAUGGCAAUGCCCUGGGCCAGUUCUUCUGUGAAAUCCCCCAGAUCCUCAAACUCUCCUGCUCCAAAUCCUACCUCAGGGAACUUGGGAUAAUUGUGCUAAGUGCAUUUCUGUAUUUUAGUUGUUUUGUGUUCAUUGUUUUCUCCUAUGUGCAGAUCUUCAGGGCUGUGCUGAGGAUCCCCUCUGAGCAGGGACGGAACAAAGCCUUUUCCACCUGCCUCCCUCACCCUGCCGUGGCCUCUCUUUUCCUCAGCACUGGGUUUUUUGCCUACUUCAAGUCCCCUUCCAUUUCCUCCCCAACCCUGGACCUGGCACUGUCAGUUCUGUACUCAGUGGUGCCUCCAGCCCUGAACCCCUUCAUCUACAGCUUGAGGAACCAGGAGCUCAAAGCUGCAGUGUGGAGAUUGCUGGCACGAGGAUUUCAUAAACAUUGA